AUCAAAUUGAUAUGGGAAUAGUUUGGGUACCAAAAUGUACAAUUUUAGAAAAAAUUGUUCUAAACCAAUAGUAAGUGGCUGAUAUGCCUUUCACAUGGAUUUGGUUGAGACACCGACCAAAUGGAACCGAUUUUGUUCCGUGAUGUCUAUAGUGAAGAAAAAACAAAAAAGUGGAGAGGUAGACCAUAUGUUCAAUGAAUAGAUCAUUUUAUGGAGUAGUUUUAAACAUCCGAUUUAUUCUCCUCUUCUAAUAAUUAAAAAUUAUAUACUUUAGUAGAAAAUGCAAUCAUCUCAGAGUGAGAUUCAAAGAAAACAUAAAAAGAACAAAGGAGGCAUUGUUAUUACGAAACGAACUAUACCUGACCAUCUAAUAUUUAGUGGUCUACCAAAAAAUGAAGAUGGCCGUUACACACGUUUUCAGUAUGUAAAACCCAUGGCAAGAUACCUCCCAGUAAAACAUCCAGAAAACUAUGGUCUUAAUGAAAAACUAAUAAAAAUGUGUACCCCAGAACCUGAGAAUACAUUUGAGAAAGAAUUGGAGGAUACAAUUGCUGAGAUAGAAGAUAUGUUUUCUAAAAAAGUUACUGAAUUGCAGAAUAUGAUGCAGGAAGCAGGCAUAGAAAACUUACCAUUACUCGAAUAAAAUAAAAUGCCUCCAUUUUCAAUUUCAUCACAUCUACUCAU